AUGAGAAGAAAACAAAUUAUGAAUUGAAUGGCGUUACUGAAAGUGCAAGGCAGAAAUUUAUUGUCAAAAAUAUAACCAUUAUAUCAAAGUUUACAUAAAUUUGCAAAAAAUUGACGUGAAAAACAUAAGAGUGUACCGUGCUGCCAAUCACAGUGGCGAAUGUAAAGAGACGCGCCGUGAAUCGAAAGUGCCAGCAUUCUAGCGGCGGUUUUGUGUGUGCGUGCGUACGUAUGUGAACUUUUUAUUUGGGAAAGCGAGGAUUUUUGGUUGUCGACGACAACAGUCAGCGUAUGCAAAACGGUAAUAACCAUAAAGGUGGUAAAUUUGUUUUCCUCGAUUUGUAGCUGAAUUUGGCCUGGUUAAAGAUUGAAGUGUUGUAGUGUAUAUAAUUCACAUUGUAAAUUGUUGGCGCACGACCGCGCUGUGAAGUGUGCAACGGGGAGUGAUUACGAUAUGCACCAGAUCGCGUUAUACACGCUUUGCACAAAUUUCGAUUUCUGUGCUUAAUUUGAAUACUCUUCAUUUAGUUAACGAUUUGUGAUUCAUGAUAGUGCAUUUCUUGAGCCUGUGUAUGGUGCAUUUGCAGAACACUUAGAGAAUUUUUAAACAGUAGCACGCGCAAGUGAAACGAUAGCAGCAAUAGCCGCUAUGGCCACAGCAGAAGGAAAGCAGGCAGGCAGAAAAAUGUGAGCCGUGCAAAGAGGCUGCGUUGUGAAAGAAUAAAAAGAACAAGAAGCAGCAGCACCAACAGAGCUGCUGAAGACAAAACGGCAAAGAGGGCCAACAAUAAGAAGCAAAGGAGUAGAAGAGUGAAAAAGUUGAAGAAGUGUAGAAGGAAGGUAGGUGAAGAGGAAACAGAAGAAGAAGACUUUUAGAAUGAGAAGUAGCCAUAGCAGUAGCAGCAACAGCAAUUAUUGUUUUGAGCCAAUACGAGAGAAAUUUCUGUAGAGCAUUCAAUUUAUCUGUGGAUUUAAACUAUUGAAUCUAAAGAAAUAAAUGGCUGAGUGAAAAAUAUCAAUAGUUUAGUCGUUGAACCAGCAGCAGCCCAUGGCUGCAGGCUGCUCGAUAAGAAACCAGCAGUGACGCACGGGAUGUACCCAGAAGUGGAUGUGACUACUCCGGCUUCCAAUUCGACGGUGAUUUUUAAACUACGUAGACAAAAAUUUUAUAAAAUCAAAAUCUCGUUUCCGGAAAUGUACAGAUUUGGUGUGUUCCGACAUUCUUGCCCUGCUUUCCAUUGUAACUCAUUGCAUUGCCAUCUCAUCAGCCAACAAAUAUAUUUAAAGGAAACUAUAUUGCCGACAAAUUUAGUGCACUGAUAUGCGAUAUUAAAAUUCUGUGGCGCAAAGCGCUUUUAUAGACACUAGACAUACGAAAUUAAGCACCUGAUUGUGCAUCCAAAUGUGCCAUUGCACCAAUUACUUAAAACGAAGCCAAUACAGAAAUCCGCCUGCUGUAAGAUCACUCGAUUCGCAAUACAUUUGAUUACCUGGCGGCCAGUGGUAAAAGAAAUAUUAGAAAAGCAGAAAAUUUUGUAACCAACUAAUACCACUCGUGGCUGCUCUUCAAAGCGCCCUUACACUUAUAGAGAGUAGGUGCGCACAUACUAGAUAUUUUCUUUGCGCCUGUGAGAUAAAAAGCCGUCACCAUUCGGAAGAAAAAUACUACGAAUAUGACCCACCAUCUCGGUAUGGCUCCAUAUCGUUUGACGGGUCCAGCGGGUGGGUUAUGCCCACCUGAUUUCAAGCCGCCGCCACCUACGGAUAUAAUCUCAGCGCCGAGCAAUCCGAAAAAGCGACGGAAAACAUCUAAUGCGAAUUCUGUAGCUGCGGCUGCAGCUGCAGCGGCGGCGGCAUCGGCAGCGGCCAAUUCCAUGCAAUCACAAGCACCGCCCACACCUGCAGAUUUGUUACCACCGCCACCAAUGGGCGGUUUUGGUGAUACCAUCGUCGCAUCAAAUCCUUUUGACGACACACCGCCUAGCAUGUCGAGCAGCAGCAUGCCCAGCAUGAAUCAUAUGGUUGGACCAGGACAUUUCGGUCCAGGCGGUAUGGGCGGUCCACAUAUGGGUAUGGGCGGUCCUCAUGGCCCACCACCACACAUGCAUCCGCAUAUGCACCCACAUCAUCCCGGUCCACCGCAUCCGCAUCAUAUGGGUGGUCCCCCAAUGCGUGGUAUGAGUCCGAUGGGAAUGGGUAGUCCGAUGGGCGGACCUGGACAUCCAAUGGGUCCCGGCGUUGGAUUACCACCACACAUGAAUCAUGGACGAGCUGGAGGACCCAUGGGCAGUCCUAUGGGUGCAAUGGCAGCAAUGGGAGGCAUGAGCCCCAUGGGAGGCAUGGGAGGACCGAGCAUAUCACCGCAUCACAUGGGCAUGGGCGGUUUGUCGCCUAUGGGAGGUCCGGGGCCUGGCCCCGGUCCCGGACCGAACGGACCACGUGCAAUGGGAUCACCGAUGGGUAAUGCGCCUGUAGGAACGCCAGUAGGCCCACCAGGAAUGUCUCAUGGGCCUGGUCAGGGUUCGCCUAUGAAUUCAAUGCCGAUGGGCUCGCCUAUGAGCAACGCGAUGGGCAGCCCACUGGGUCCCCAUCCUCCACAUCAUCAGCAGCAAGCGCAGCAGUCUCAAUCUCAACCUCCGCCGCAUAUGAACAACGGUCAAAUGGGUCCCCCACCUAUGCACAGUCCUCUGGGUAACGGUCCGACGAAUCAUAGUCACUUACCGGGCGGCCCAGGACCCGGACCUGGGCCGUCAGGACAUGGACAACAGCUUGGCGCCAAUAUGAUGGGUCCCAUGGGAGUACCCGGUAGCGGUGCUGGUCCAGGUGGUAACUCACCAGCUGGUGCUGGACCAGCAAAUAAUUCGAGUAAUAGUAAUAACAACAUUGCGAACAAUAGCAACAACAGCAAUACUAACAAUCAGAACCAUCAUCUCUCGCCUGCAGCGCGUAUGGGUGGAGCGCCGUCUCUGACAAACGGACCUAUGCCACCAGCUUCCUCAUCAGCAACGACAGUGACGUCAUCGGCGUCGUCCAUAUCUGUACCCACAUCUUCACCAGCGCCAGGCGUUAAUCCGGCCAUGUCCCCGCUACAUACUUUAAGUGGGAGUGGUAGUGCAGGCCCCGGACGUAGUCCGGGUAUGUUAAAUAAUGCAGGAACAGGACCCGGUCCAGGGCCGAGUCCAUUGCAAUCACCUUCAUUGGGGGGUGGCGGUAGCAGUGGAAACAUCGGCGCUAGUCCAAUGGGCUGUGGUGCGGGUGGCAACUCAACAGGCCUCAAUAUGGGACCAAGCAGCGGUAGCAGUAGUAAUAGCAGUAACACAAACAACAACGGGCCAAUGAGCGCGCCCGGUAGUGGGCCAAUGGGUGGCCCAAUGCAGCAAACGUUGAAUGCGAAUGUUCCUAUGCAGCAGCAGCAGCACCAACAACAACAACAGCAACAGUCUAUGUCACACGGCGGCACCGCGAGUAUAGGACCUGGUGGUCAAAUGCAAAUGAACAAUAACGGCGGACCGGGCAGUAUGGUCUUAAUGCCCGGACACGGACCCGGUAGUCAAGGACCCAAUUCAGGUCAAGGCCCGACGGGUAUGUGCGGGGGUCCCAAUCAAAUGCUACCACCUCAACAACCACAUCUUGGCCCGACGCAACAACAGCUAAUGAAUCAUCCACACCACCAUCCCGGUCCUCUGCCACCACAUCUGAUGGGCGGCGGGCCAAACGCACAUAUGCACGGGCCUGGAGGCAUGAUGCCACCACACAUGGGCGGCCCUGGAGGACCGAAUCAUCCACACCCACCGCAUCACAUGAUGGGAAUGCAUGGCGGAGGCUCGCAUAUAGGACAUAUGGGAGGAGUGCCAGGACCAGGCGGGGGUAGUGGACCUGGAGGCAUGAACGGACCACCCCAUCCACAUGGACCUCAUCCGCAUUCGCAUCCACACGGACCGCCACACACGAUGGGUGGGCCCAAUCCAAAUAUGUUCGGUCCUGGUGGUCCAAUGGGUCCAGGCGGACCUAUGAGUGGCCCGAUGGGCCCAGGCGGUCCAAUGGGUGGACCUAUGGGCGGUCCAAUGGGUCCCAUGGGUGGCCCAAUGGGUGGCAUGAGCGGACCGAAACCGAUGUCUAUGGGCACUGGAAAAAUGUAUCCUCCUGGUCAACCGAUGGUUUUUAACCCACAAAAUCCAAAUGCGCCACCGAUCUACCCGUGUGGCAUGUGCCACAAAGAAGUGAACGACAAUGACGAGGCAGUAUUUUGCGAAUCCGGUUGUAAUUUCUUCUUUCAUAGGACGUGUGUGGGUCUUACGGAGGCGGCCUUCCAAAUGUUGAAGGAUGAAGUGUACGCGGAGUGGUGCUGUGACAAGUGUCUGUCUUCCAAGCCAAUACCAAUGGUGAAAUUUAAGUGUUGAAAUUACAUACCGAGUUCGCACUAGAGUGUUGGCAGAGAACUUAAAUGACAGGCAGAAACAUAUAGGGCGUCAAACUGACGGAGGUGGAACGCACAUAUGUGACCGUCAAUAAAGUAAAAUGGUUGUUAAUGGUGCCGAUAAACGUUGAGAGAAGGAACAACAAGGACACGACAAACAACACCAAUAGAAAAUAAUAAAUAAACUAAGUUCGGUUAGUGGCAGCGAUAGUGAAAAUUGUUGACAGCACCUGGUACGCAAUGUGCGACCCAUUGAAAAAACAAACACAUAUACUAUAUAUACACGCUCACACACAAUCACGUAAACACACUACUUUGUAUAAAUUAAAGUGAAAUGCAAGAAACUAAUUAGAUUUAAGAUUUAAAAAGCCGUUUAAUAACAAAAUAAAUUGAAGGAGAAGUAACACAAAACAAAAUUGAGAAAAAGUAUUGAUGAAAAUGUGAUGCAAAAAGGCGUACACAGCUCAAUAAGAGUAACACACGCGCGCAAGCGCAAUAAAGUCGACCGAACCGGCGAAACGAAGUUGGGAGAAAAUAAGUUCAAAUCGGUGCAAACUAAGUUUAAGCUAGAGAGAAGAGCUGAAUUUCCCACGGGCAUAUGAGGCCCUGGUUUGAAAGAAGCCGCAACGUCGCUGGUAGACAUUUGCAGUACACAAAACGCUUUCUACUAAUUUUCGUCUUUCAUUAUAUUCCAAAUAUUAAUUUUUCUUCGUAGCGCAGGUUUUUAAUUAUUACGAACGGAAUUCACUUACAACGAGUCGGUAUAACUAAUAGAAAUUUAUUUCAAGCGAAAUUGUUAACGAAAUUCAAUUUGGAAAAAAAUAAUAUAUAUUGUAUACGUGAUUAUUUGUUUGAAUGUUUCAGAAACUUAUUUAAAUUAAUGACCCAGAAGUAUGUGAGAAACGUUGAAAAUUUUACAUUUCAACUUAUUGCGGAAUUAAAUAAAGCUUUUCUUUUUAAGGAAAUUUUUUCAUAAUUUGGAAAAUACAAUUUUUGAAAUGUAAUACUUUUUUUUUUACUACGAAGUAAGUAAAUUAUUAAUUAAAAUUUACGGUUGGCAAACUUUUUAAUUGCAUACAACGGUAAAAAAAACAUUAUUCAAAUUGUACUUCAUUAAAUUAAUUUUAUUUGUAUGCAAUUAAAAAUUAUAAAAUACUUUAAAUUGAAAAUUAUGUGUCUUUAAAAAUGUUUUUGUUUGAAAAUGUCAACUAUCUAAUUGGCGAUCGGAAGCGGUCAACUUGUUACAAUAUUUUGUGCAGCAAAAACUUGAGGAAGGCUCCACCGCUUAUUGCUGCCUUGCUGUGUGUGUUGCGUUUUACAUUUAGAUAAUUUUUAUUUUACGAUUAAAAGAUGGCACUAUCGCACCAUCUUUUUUUUUUCUUUAUAGUUUAUAUUUUUUUAUAUCUUAUUUUCGUUCACCCUAGUUUCAUGUUUGUGUGUAUGUACUUUUUUUUGUUCAAUUCCUAUCGGUAAUGUAUGAUAACACUGUGAAUCAAAGAAGUUUCACAGAAAUGAAAAAUAUAAAUAUAAAUAAUUUUAUAAAAAAACAUAUGCAUGCAUAAGUCGUGAAAUGUUAUAAUAGCAACAUAAAAACAAAAACAAAACGUUAAAACGAAAUCAUAAAUAAUUAUGAAAAAAUAACAGCUGUAAUUGUCGAGUUGUAAAAUUUACUAACUAAAAAAUUAACAUAGACUUAGGUUAUAUACAUACAUAUAUUAUACAAAAAAAUUAAAAAUUUAAGUUUGAUUGAUGUAAAGCGAAGCAAAUAUUAUGCAAUAAACGAUUAAAAAAAUUAAAAAUUUGAGCGUAAACAAAAAUAUGCAAACACAAAAUGCACGCAAACAAUGAAUAAACAAAGAACCUAAGUAA